AUGGACUCGAAACAAACGGACAUUUUCGACUACUCGAUCCGCCCUACAGUCGACGAUAUUCUGAACGGUUACAACGGUACGGUCUUUGCUUAUGGUCAAACAGGUGCGGGAAAGUCUUAUACAAUGAUGGGCUCCGAUAUCGAUGACCCGGAGGGCAAGGGUAUCAUUCCGCGUAUUGUCGAGCAGAUCUUCGCAAGCAUUCUCACCAGCCCGAGCAACAUCGAAUAUACGGUCCGAGUCAGCUAUAUGGAAAUUUACAUGGAACGGAUCCGCGAUCUCCUGGUGCCACAGAAUGACAACCUGCCUGUCCACGAAGAGAAGUCGCGAGGUGUCUACGUCAAAGGUCUGCUCGAGGUUUAUGUCUCCAGUGUGCAGGAAGUCUACGAAGUGAUGCGACGCGGUGGUGCGGCAAGAGCGGUGGCUGCGACCAACAUGAAUCAAGAAUCCUCUCGAUCCCAUUCCAUCUUCGUCGUCACUGUCACCCAGAAGAAUCUAGAGACGGGCUCCGCAAAGAGCGGCCAGCUUUUCCUAGUGGAUCUCGCUGGUAGUGAAAAAGUCGGCAAGACUGGCGCCAGUGGUCAAACCCUUGAGGAGGCCAAGAAGAUUAACAAGAGUUUGAGUGCUCUUGGUAUGGUCAUCAACGCGCUGACAGAUGGCAAAUCGACACACAUCCCUUACCGUGACUCAAAGCUCACUCGAAUUCUACAGGAGAGUUUGGGUGGUAACUCUAGGACGACCCUGAUCAUCAAUUGCUCUCCCAGUAGCUAUAACGAUGCGGAAACGAUCUCAACGCUGCGAUUCGGUGUGCGCGCGAAGGCAAUCAAGAACAAGGCGAAGGUCAAUGCUGAGUUGAGUCCAGCUGAACUUAAGCAACUACUUCGCAAAGCGCAGACCCAGGUCAUCAACUUUGAGAACUACAUUUCAGCCUUGGAGAGCGAAGUUCAAGUGUGGAGAAGCGGCGAAACAGUUCCCAAGGACCGUUGGACACCAGCCAGGGGCUCAGAAGCCGUCAGCGCGGCCAAGGCUGAAGCUCGUGCAAGUGUUACGCGGCCUGGCACUCCUUCUCGACUGCAAGACACCCCCCGAUCAGAGACACCACGACCUGAUUCAAGAUUCGGCGACCGAUCUAGCACCCCCAGCCUUGUGCUCGAGAAAGAUGAACGGGAGGAAUUCCUACGGCGGGAGAAUGAGCUCCAGGAUCAAAUCGCCGAGAGAGAAUCCCACAUUGCGAAUGUGGAGAGGAGCUUGCGCGAAGCUCGAGAGGAACUCAAGAACCUCAAGGAGAACUCAGCACGCUCUGGCAAGGACAAUGAGAAACUCAGUGCGGAGGUCAACGAGCUUCGGAUGCAGCUGGAGAAGGUUUCCUACGAGGGCAAGGAAGCCUCGAUCACAAUGGACAGCCUCCGGGAAGCUAAUGCUGAGCUAACCGCGGAGCUGGACGAUGUCAAGCAGCAACUCCUUGACGUGCGAAUGAAGGCCAAGGAGACCAGCGCGGCGCUCGAUGAGAAGGAGAAGAAGAAGGCGGAGAAGAUGGCGAAGAUGAUGGCUGGUUUUGACCUGGGAGGCGACGUUUUCUCUGACAAUGAGCGGAAACUUCAGGACCUUAUACAGCGGGUGGAUGCAUUGCACAAGGUCAGCGAGGCUGGCGAGCCAGUUGCCCCUGAUGACCUCCUGGAGUUACGGACCAGCCUGAUGGAGACUCAGGGAUUCAUUCGGCAGGCUGAGCUUACCAUGAAUGAUCGGGGUGAAUUGAGCGAGCUGCAGGACAGCCGCAGACUUGAGUUGGAGCAGAAGCUGGCCGACCUCGAGCGGGACUAUGAGAGCCUUCUGGAGCGCAACCUUGGCGAAGGUGAUGUCGAAGAGAUCCGCGAGCGGCUGGAAAAGAUUUAUGUGACCCGGAAGGAGACCGAGAUGCAGGCAGCGGCGGAACUCCGUAGCGAGAUUGCACGCAAGGAUGAGGAGCUGGCCAAGCUGCAGCAGUCCCUUGCAGAUUCCCAGUCUAAGGCGUCGACUAAUGGCGCCACCGGCAAGAACCUGCAGCAGCAGAUCGCCGAAUUCGAUGCGAUGAAGAAGUCCCUGAUGCGCGACCUGCAGAACCGUUGCGAGCGAGUGGUGGAGCUUGAGAUCUCGCUGGACGACGCUCGAGAACAAUAUAAUAACGUGCUGCGCUCAUCUAACAACCGUGCCCAGCAGAAGAAGAUGGCUUUCUUGGAACGCAACCUGGAGCAACUGACUCAUGUACAGCGGCAGCUGGUGGAACAGAACAGCAGCCUAAAGAAGGAGGUCGCCAUUGCGGAGAGGAAGCUGAUUGCCAGAAACGAACGGAUUGCGAGUCUUGAAGGCCUCUUGCAAGAGAGCCAAGAAAAACUUACUCAGGCAAAUCAUCGGUUUGAGGCUCAACUCACUGCUGUUAAAGAGAGACUGGAGGCUGCGAAGCAGGGUUCGACUAGGGGUCUUCCGUCUAUGGAUGGCAGCGGCGGUUUCAGUUUUGGCGGCUCGAGAAUCGCGAAGCCGCUCCGGGGUGGUGGUGGUGGAGGGCCAGAGAGCAGUGCUCCGGUCGCAGGAGUCCAGUCGCAGGAGAGCGGAAAGCGCACGAGCUGGUUUUUCGAUCGACGAUGA